AUGGACCUCCUGCUUCGCGUGCUGCGCGACGGCACCACGGAGGGGGCAGAGCGUACACCGCUUGCGCUCGUCGGGCUGAGCGACGAAGUCGCCGGCGCCUUCGACGUCCUCGCCGCAGUGAUCGGCCGCCUCGCCGCCGCCAUCGCCCAAGGCCGCGCGCAGGCGUCGAAAGCCGUUUUGGUGUCUCUCGAUGACCCCGACUCACUCGUGGUGUCCGGGACCGCGCCCGGCGACGGCGCGGCGCUCGUGGCCGCGGGGCUCGCGCAGGACCCCGCGGGCUGGCUCGCAGCGGGCCCCCCGCCGGUCCGCUACCACGAAAACGACGCCGAAGUCAUCCCAUGUGUUGUUGCGGGCGUGGAGGACGACUGCAUGCGAGGGCUGGGUGUCAAGCCCCAGGACGCGGGGGCGGGCUCCACGGCCGGCGCGGCGGCGGAGACAGACGGCGCGCAGGUGGCGGAAUCACUCGAGAAAGUCCAACUGGGCGGGAACGGACAGGCGGGCAGUGGCGGGGCGGCGGAGCGGCCGGAGGAGGCGCCGCAGGAGCCCCCGCACGACCUGACUAAGGAGGAGGACCUGCUCGCGGCGCUCGAGAAGGUCAUCGCAGGGGCGUUCGCCCCACCGCAGGACGUGCCGUCAACCCGCGCGGACGCGGGCGCCGCGCCGGACCCCCCCGACGGCUCCGUGGUCGUCGUGAUUCACUCGCUGUCGUGGCUGCACCUCUUCCACUCGAUCCCCGCGCUCGCUCGCACGCUCGCGGCGGUCCGCGAACACCCCGCAGUCUCCGCGGUGCUGUGUUCAUACUCCCCCCCCUGCUUCAGCCCCCAGGAGCUCGUCGGACUCAAGUCGCUCGCCGAAGCGAUCCUCACGAUCGGCCCCGCGUCCGACCUCGACGUCGACCUCCUGCGCUGCCAGCGCGGCUGCGAGGUCCACGGCCGGCUGGAGACGCUGCUGAAACUGCGCACCGGGCGCGGCAAGGUGUCGGUGCAGAUGUACGCGAUCGACGCGGACGCGACCGCGAACGGGCGCGUGCAGCUGUACGAUCCCCCGGUCGCGGGCCCCGCGACCGCGCAGAUCCUCGCGGAUUCGAAGCUGCAGGCGGCUGCGUCGGGGCACGGGCUGCAAACCCCCCCCAUGUCGGCCGUUUCCGAAGGCAGCGGGGUGAGGGCGGCGCCGCGCACGACCCCGGUGCGCGCGAAGCCUGUGUCCGUGAGCAGCCUCGGCAUGCGUUUGGAGCUGUCGAGCGAGGAGCGGAAGGCCCGCGAUGCCGUCGUGCUUCCCUGGCAGCACACCGGCGACCUGCCGUCGCACGCGAACUUCGACGCCGAGGAGUACCUGCCCCCGGCGGCGGGCGGGCGCGGGCCGGGGGGGAAGCACGCCGACGACGCGGGCGGGCAGAAGCUGGGCCACAUCAUGUACGUGCGCGACAGCGACAGCGACUACGAUUCCGAUGAGGACCCGGACGACGACCUGGACAUAUAA